AUGGCCUGUUCGACAAAUGGAAGCAAUACCGAUACGAGAUGCAAGAUAGAACUUGGAAGUAACGUAUACGUUGUGGCCAAACUGUGGAAAGGGGACACUGCCAUUCACAUUAGGAAAUUUGACGACGAAAAUGCCACUUUACCCACGAAGCGAGGUAUUGCACUAACCCUUAAACACUGGGUCGAACUGUGUACGAGUAAGAGCCAGAUAGACGACACCAUUGCAGUCUUAAAGGAAAGGAAAGAGGAGAAGUUGUUUCGUCAUAUUGAGUCCAACGUGUACGUGAGCGUGGACAACAACAUUGUCAGUGUAGACAUUCGACAGUGGUGGUGGUGCGAUGACGCGAUCAAGCCAUCGAAGAAAGGAAUUUUUUUCACCUAG